CCUCACUCACUCUAUUUCCCUCUCCCUUCUAUGUUGUGUCGCACUUUUCUUUCAACUCUUAUAAGCCGUGUUGCAUUCUCAUUUCUCUGCCUUCCUAAUAUGUGUGUGUCUGUCUACCUCUCAACCUGACGCAUUGAUGCAUGGAAAGUUCCUGAGGAAGAUGUUUUUUGGUUACUUUCUCGCCUCUGCCGGACAUUGAGACCAUUUGCACAUCAUUCCGUGUCUAGGUACUCACACAGCUCAUGCAAAGGCAGUGGGGGUAAAGGCGUCUCUUUUGGCUCUUCUGUAUGAAGUGAAGCAGCCCCUGGACCCUGCAUGGACACCCCUGUCUCCGGAUAGAAAUCUUUGGUGAAGGGUGAAAAAGAUCUUGCCGAACAGACGCACACCAAACACGUGUUCAGAGAGCUCAUCUGUUUCUCUACCAUCCUGCUAACCCCCGCGGACGUUUCUGGGGUUUCUAUACUCCCCACCCAAGGGGCAGGUGGAACACACAAACGAACACACCAAGUCACACACACACUAAGUAAACACCUCCUACCGAGUGGCAUUGAAUACGACAGCUGCCCAUGAGAUUAGGGCCAACUGCUUUGUGAGUAAUGCAGCGUCGGCCGCCAUCAAAGCCAGUUGUUUUGAAGGGACAGGAUAUGUAAGAGGAUGUCCAGAUUAAAUAACAGACCUAUUAAUGUCAACCUGACAACAGCGGGACACAGAAAAAAAACUUUUCAUCAUUUGAUACGCUCAGAUUUUUGCUGCUAGUUCAUUAAAUAUGCAUUAAAACGAGCUCAUGCUGCACAAAUCUUUUUACAUUUUGUGUCAAGUCUGUUAAAGUUAACUUAAUCCGUUGUGAUAUCUACUGUAUUUACAAAAAGCAUCGUCUGUCUCCGUUUACACAGACUCUGUAUAUUUACGUUAGAAUUAUUCGUGACACAAAAAAAUCUUUAUAUUAUGUAGGGUGCAUUUUAUUUAGAAAACUGUAAAUCACCAAAAAUGACUUUAGCUGGCUUUACAGUCUGGAUCACACGUUUCUUUCAUUCAUUAAAGGCUUUUUAUUUAAUUUUUUUUUCAUUUUCAUGUUUAAAUAGAAGAAAGUGUGUGAAAGGUUGUGACUGUGUCAAAUGGAACAGGGGUACAAUCUUGAAGUUAUGAGUAGGUCAAAAAGAGAUAAAAUGUCUGUCAUUAGAACGUAGCUUCGUCUUUCUGGUUAAUCUAGUUGGACCAAGAAAAAAAAAAAAAGAUGUGGAGUCAUCCCGUCCUUUGCAUCUCAGCAUUAUAACAAAACAUGUGCUAAAACAGGCUUUUCUUUAUAUCAGUUCUGUUAUUAAGCAGUUUAGCUAUGUAAAUUCACACUUGAGAGGUGUGUAUCUGAGUAAGUGGACAGGUAUGAACCUUCUAAUAUACAAAUAUACUGUUCUAAGACAUGUUGUUGCUUGGCGCCUAUUUGGCCUGGAGGUAAAAGGAUUUACGGAAAACCCAUGUCAUCGAUUCAGCAGUUCAUGUUUUAUGCAAAGUCAUCUGAUGUCAUUUUGGCAGCGUGUGUGUUCACAGGGUGUGAGAACCGUGAUGGGGAGCUCCCUUCGUACUGCGUGGUUUGUGAGGUCCUGUUCUCGAGAGCAGGCCCGGAUGAUGAUGACCAUGAGAUCCUAGCAGAGAUGAUCGGAACAAUGAUCUCAAAGCGUUUAUUUGAUGUGUCAGGGGACAUUCUCCAAACCAUUUCUGGAGUAUUUUCAGUUCCACGGGGAAAAACGUGAUAAAGAUAAGCACUGAGAACGUCUUUGUGAUCAUUACCUUCAGUGUGAACAUAGUGGAGCAGAUGGUGGCCCCUUAUUGGGCUCAUAUAAACGAAUACGGAGACCAGUGCAAUAUAUUUGAAUGUAUGGAUGACUGUGAGAAGUAUGAGGUCUCAGAAAACAACGUAAAUCAAGGCACAGAGCAGAUUCGUCCUGAGUGCUUCGAGUUGCUCCGUGUUUUGGGUAAAGGAGGCUAUGGAAAGGUUUUUCAAGUACGCAAGGUUUCUGGGGCAGCUUGUGGAAAGAUUUUUGCUAUGAAGGUCUUGAAAAAGGCUAUGAUCAUACGGAAUGCGAAAGACACGGCUCACACUAAGGCAGAGAGGAGCAUCCUGGAGGAGGUUAAGCAUCCAUUCAUUGUGGACCUUAUAUAUGCCUUCCAGACAGGAGGCAAACUUUACCUCAUUUUGGAGUAUCUUAGCGGUGGAGAGCUGUUCAUGCAGCUGGAGAGGGAGGGUAUCUUCAUGGAGGACACAGCCUGCUUUUACCUAGCAGAAAUUUCCAUGGCGUUAGGUCACCUCCAUCAGAAAGGCAUCAUCUACAGAGAUCUGAAACCAGAGAACAUCAUGCUGAAUAACACCGGUCAUGUGAAGUUAACAGACUUCGGACUCUGUAAGGAGUCGAUACACGAUGGCACAGUCACACACACCUUCUGUGGGACCAUAGAGUACAUGGCCCCAGAAAUCCUCAUGAGAAGCGGUCAUAACAGAGCUGUUGACUGGUGGAGUCUGGGGGGCCUGAUGUAUGAUAUGCUAACAGGAGCUCCCCCGUUCACCGCUGAGAAUCGUAAAAAGACCAUCGAUAAAAUCCUGAAGUGCAAACUUAACCUUCCACCUUACCUCACUCAAGAAGCACGGGACCUUUUGAAAAAGCUGCUAAAGAGAAAUGCUUCGCAGAGAUUGGGAGCAGGUCAGGGAGAUGCUAUUGAUGUCCAGGUCCACUCCUUCUUCAGACAUAUAAACUGGGAUGAUUUACUGGCUUGUAAAGUUGAACCUCCCUUCAAGCCUUUUUUGCGAUCAGCAGAUGAUGUUAGCCAGUUUGACUCAAAGUUCACCAGUCAGACUCCUGUGGACAGUCCCGAUGAUUCGACACUCAGCGAAAGUGCCAACCAAGUCUUCCUGGGCUUUACGUACGUUGCUCCAUCUGUGCUCGAAAACAUGAAGGAAAAAUUCACUUUCGAGCCAAAAUCCCAUUCACCUCUCAAGCUUCUGGGAAGCCCGAGAACACCAGUGAGUCCACCCUUUCCUGAAGUCAACACUCCCUUGUGCCGACCGGUCGCUGAUGUGCCCAUGCAGGAGUCCAGUGUGGAGCAGAUGGACAUUAGCAGCAGUGUUGAGGUUUCCGCCCCUCUUCCCAUCAAAAAACCUUUGGGAUCCACCUUCGUGAAACAAUCUUACCCUGUGCUCUCCAAGAGACCUGAGCAUUUGAGGAUCAAUUUAUGAUGUUUAGUCUCUUUCAGUUUUGCACUUUAGGAAUUUAACAAAUUACCCAGAAGGCCUUUCUGCACCCACUUUUGAACACAUACUGUGUACAAGCAUGAAGCGCUUGUCUUAAUCCAACUGUCUCUCUGCCACAGAGAGUUGGUUUACUUGCUGUAAUGUGAUCACAUUGGAGGUGACUUUAAGCAUGAAGUUUGCCAUUUUUUAUUUAUAUAACGCAAAACGUAAGGGGAGUACAGAGUAUCUCUGGGUCUGUUUUUUUUAUUUAUUAGUUCAAAUGCUUGGGGGUGUUUCGUGCAGUUUUUGAAGAGAGAUAUCAUUACUGUGUUUGGCGUGUCCGUAUGUGGUUGGAAUGCCUAUAACUUUGUUAAAGUGGUUAGAAAAGAGGUGGAUGCUGUAAUUCUUAAUGCAUUAAAAUGUGUACCCCAUGAAUCAUAGAUCUAGGGGACUUAACAAGAUAUACAGAUGUGUUAGCCUUACCUACCUAUAAGAAAAAACUUGAGUAGAUAUAAGCUUUAUUUUUUAUCUUUUAUUAUAAGUUAUUUAUUAUAUAUUUAGUUAUUAUACUUGAUCUGCAUAUGUUUGAGGUUUUUUUUAGAUAUGUUUUGUAUAAUUUUGUAAACUAUGCAAAUUUAUAUAUAAAGAAUUACAGCAAAAUAUGUGGUGACAUUAAUGACUUAAACAUGAUUAAAUAUAGGACAGUGUGGUAUAGUAAGAAAAAAUAUCACUGCUGUCCUUCCGAAACAUUUUAUCUCCAUAUUUUUGCCAUAAAUAAUUAUUAUUAGUCACCCCUAGUGUUUGUCACUGGGUUUUGGAAACAAAUAAAAAAAACUUAGUAUUUAAUUAUUGUAAAAGUACAAUGUUUUUUCCAUUUCCUGAAGAACAGAGAAUUUGGUAUACAAGUCUCGUAAGGAUAGCAAUGAAAUGGAUUAUUGGUUGUUCUAUUACUGUAUAAUUAUAUACGCACAGGUGAAAUCCAUAUUUAUAAACUGGAAUUUAGCAUUGACUUUAAUCCUGAAAAUAUUGUAAAUAAUAGAAAACAAACAAAAAUGUAACAUGGAACGAACAGAUUUUAAAAAUAA